AGCCGAACUGGGCGUCAGGUCGGGGAGCCGGUCGGGUUCCCGCUCGCCGCUGCCGCCGCCGCCGCCCCCCGCAGCGCCUCUCCCGCCUCUCCCGCCGCGCCGGCCGCGGGAGCUGCAUCGCCCACUCUACUCGACCGGGGAGCCGCCAGUCCAGGAGCACAGAGCCCGGGAAGCGACACGCCGAGCCCGCCAUCACCCCCAGCCGGGGCGACCCCUCCCGGGUCCGCCCUCGCCCUGCGCGGCCGCUGAAGCCCCCAGCCCGGAGCAACCCCGCUCCCUCAUCACAGCCCCUGCACUCCCGCAGCCGCCGCCCCCCACCCGGAACAUGGACUCCGACUCCUGCGCUGCCGCCUUCCACCCGGAGGAAUACUCCCCCGGUUACAAGAGGCGCAGGACUGUGGAAGACUUCAACAAAUUCUGCACCUUUGUUUUGGCCUAUGCUGGUUAUAUCCCCUAUCCGAAGGAGGAACUCCCUUUGAGGAGCAGCCCCAGCCCUGCCAACAGCACUGCUGGUACCAUUGACAGCGAUGGCUGGGACGCGAGCUUCAGUGAUAUCGCAUCCUCGGUCCCCUUGCCAGUCUCUGACCGCUGCUUUAGCCACCUGCAGCCCACCCUCUUGCAGCGAGCCAAGCCCAGUAACUUCCUGCUCGACAGAAAGAAAACAGACAAGCUGAAGAAGAAGAAGAAGAGGAAGCGAAGGGACAGUGACGUGCCUGGGAAGGAGGGGUACAGGGGGGGCUUGCUGAAGCUGGAAGCUGCUGAUCCAUACGGAGAGACCCCCACGAGCCCCACCCUGCAGGAUAUCCCCCAGGCCCCCAGCGACGCGUGCUCGGGCUGGGACUCCGACACUCCCUCGAGUGGCUCUUGUGCCACCGUGUCACCUGAUCAGGUCAAAGAAAUAAAAACUGAAGGCAAACGGACUAUUGUCCGGCAGGGAAAGCAGGUGGUGUUCCGAGAUGAGGACAGCACUGGCAAUGAUGAGGACAUAAUGGUGGAUUCAGAUGACGAUUCCUGGGACCUUGUCACCUGCUUCUGCAUGAAGCCAUUUGCCGGCCGCCCCAUGAUAGAGUGUAAUGAGUGCCACACCUGGAUUCACCUGUCCUGUGCAAAAAUCCGGAAAUCCAACGUUCCGGAAGUGUUUGUCUGCCAAAAGUGCCGGGACUCCAAGUUUGACAUCCGUCGUUCCAACCGUUCCCGAAUGGGCUCCCGGAAGCUGUUUCUGGACUGACUGCUGGCCGGCGAGGAGACUGCGAGCAAGGAAUCAGAAGGGACGGUGGGCUUUUUGGUCCCUCUCUUAGUUGAGCAGAACUCUCAGCUCUGGUGCGGGCAGAACCCUGCCAUUCAGGUGCCUAAGCAAAGGACAGGCUGUCCGAGGUAGAAACUGUACAUAGCCAGUGACCGAAUAAAAUCUCUGUUGGCCAAAGCUGCUGCGAGAGCUCUGUUCUCUGCAGUGGAGGUGGACUAAACACCCAAGUACAGUGGGUUUGGUUCAGCUGAAACUGAGGGCACAUGGUAGUUGUGAAUUUUUGCUAUCAUUGUUAACAAAUUCCCGCCGAUUGGAACAAGUGCUAGCUGUUAUUCCUGCUUCCCCUGUGUUGGGGAGAGGAGAUGUUCAGUUUCCCCGGCCUGUUAAUGAACAGCCAUAUGUGUAUGCUUUUUCUUGCGUGUAAGUGUUUUACCAAAAGUGUCUGUACAGCAGCCAUCAAAGUUGCCCCUACCUGAGUGGCACGCCCUCUCUCUCUGCCUCCUUUGCUUCCAGUCAGUUGUAGGAGCUGCGGGCUGGAGUCCUCGCGAGCCCCAGAGGGCAGGCUAGCUAGUGAUUCUUAGGUUUUCUUCUGUUUAUUAAAAGGGACAGUAUGUGGCCACUUCUCUGUGGAAAGGGGGUUGGUUGGGGGGUUGAGGUGGCCUGUGUUCAUAACUCAGUUUCCUGUUUUGCACGAUGUAAAAAAACCUGUCUUUUUUGCACGAUACAGCCAAAAAUAUUGGCCAGUUUCUUGCUGGGUGCCCUUUAUCUCUAGUUGGUGUGUGAGGUCCUGGUGGGGCCCAGGCAAACUGUGUUCAAGUGUGGGAGCACUUAGGUUCUCUCCUCAUCUCUUCCUCUUACCUUAUUUUAGUAGCAGUGUAAAGGUUAGGCAAUCUAACGAGUGGUGUUCCUCUAAAUAAAGGGGUACAGAAAAAUUGGGAGGUAGGCCUCUCCCAUGGGUGGUGCUUAGUAUGCCUUUUAUACAGGCUGGCCUGCUGGUUCUGUGGAGCAAGGUUAGGGCUUGAGUCCUGUUUUUGGUUUGAAUUGAUGAGUGAGUGAUAGGGUAACAUUGGCUUUCAGGAAUAUACCAUUGUGCAGAGUUUCUUAGAUCUGGACUGGGGAGGUCCCUGCAAGGGCCACCCUUGGAGAAACCAGGGAGUUCCUGCCUGGAGUCCCGCAGAACUUCGCUCAAAGGCAGUGUGCCCUGGGACACUGGUGGUUUUUGGGCUUGGAGUGAGAGGAGGCCUUCAGCUUUCUCUGAAAUUGACAUUGCCCUCAGCAGUUCAAGUACUUGCUCUCAAAAAUGUUUUGUGAAUUGAUGGGUAUGUUUUCAUAAGCAUUGUUUCUUGUAAGGCGUGAAAAAGGGGAGAAUGCCCAAGUUAGUCAUAUUUAUCUGCCGCAGGAUGGGCAUGUAGUCUCCCCAAUGGGGGGGCUUCCCCCUCCAUGUGCCACCUUUGUAUGGGGUCACCAGGCACACUCCUCCCAUGUUCUCUCACUGAAGUACCAAGGGGGUUGAACCAUCAUCUGGGGUAAUCAGAGCCCAUUUUUUGUCCUAGCAUCUUUCACAUUUGUCCAACCAACUUUUUUUUUCUUUCUUUUUUUUUAAUUCUGUUGCUUAUAGAAACACAAAAGUGGAGAGUAAUUGUUUCCAAAACCCAGUUUAUUGUGAAGAUCCCAAGGGAGAAGUUCUGUAGAGAAAAAUAGUAAGCUGGUUCAGAAACAACAUUCUCUCCAGACAGUUUUCUGGCUCUGACCAGGGCAAACGUCCCUGACAAGUUGGAGAGGAAUUUGCCAAAGAUCUGCCCCAUGACAAUGCCUGUCCAGUGUCUUCACCGUGAGAAUAACCAAAGUUCCAAAGUGUUUUUCUUCUUUUUUAAAAAAACUCCACUAGAUUUUACAAGUGCAUUUAAGAACACACGUGAUUUUAGAGUGGAGCUGCCAGCCCUGGCAAUUGUUACACGUGCUAAUGUUUGAUGCCUCUGGUACGCAUUCAGUAUUCAUCUCGAUUUCUGUUUCACUUAUUUCAUUUUUGUUCUUUUAACAGAUCUAUCCCUGUGGGUGGUGUCUACGAAGUCAGAUAUCUUGGUUUUUGUGUUAGAUUGAGCUGGGCAGCUGCAAUCAGCUUCUUUAUGCAAAUUAGGCAUGACCCAUCUAGGGGCUCCUGGUUGGUGGCUAGUGAAGUGAAGGGAGGGAAAGAUGUCAUCCCAAAAGUAGGACCCUCCCAUCGGCUUUGGCCAGGCCACAAUUAACAUCGUUUACAUGGUUCUGUGUAAUUUUAAAGUUUAUGUGUAUAAAGCAAAGCUGUUUCUGUGAAACUGUAUAUUUUGUAAAUAAAUAUAUUGCUACUUUGAGGUU